UGUGGAAAAAGAAAAGUGCUGCUUCUAACUCUAUCCUCUUCCCCUCAUCGUCUAUUGUGAAAGCUUUCUUCUGUGAAGCAAAUGGCGACAAUGGCAGCUCUGCAGAGCUCGUUUACAUCUCUUUCGAUCUCCUCCAACUCAUUCUUGGGCCAACCUUUUUCUCCUCCUCUCUUCCCUCCUCUGGUCAAAUCAACACAAAGUCCAGGUCCCAUUGUAGCCAAGCUUAAGCGAUGGGAGCGUAAGAAGUGUAAGCCAAACAGCCUUCCGGUGCUACACAAAAUGCAUGUGAAAUUGGGAGAUACAGUAAAAGUGAUAUCCGGCCACGACAAAGGUAAGAUUGGAGAGAUCACUGAGAUUAUCAAGCACAACAGCAAAGUCGUCGUAAGUGAGAUAAACUUGAAAACCAAGCAUGUGAAGAGUAGAGAUGAGAAUGAACCGGGCCAAAUAAUCAAGAUUGAAGCUCCUAUUCACAGCUCGAACGUGAUGCUUUACUCGAAAGAGCAGAAGGUAGCCAGUCGGGUGGGUCAUAAAACACUCGACAACGGGAAAAGGGUCAGGUACCUCGUAAAAACCGGAGAAAUUAUUGAUAGUGCAGAGAACUGGAAGAGAGCUGUCAAAGAGAAGGAAAAAACAACAGAAGCAGUGGCUGCUACUUCUUAGAAGGCUGGCUAGUGAAAUCUAGUUGUUGUACUUUCUUCAAUUCUCCAUUAAUGUGUUAUCUGUAUGUAUUUAUUUGUAGCCACUCCUUUAACCAUUCCUACAAAAAAGGUUGUUCAAGGCAGAAGGGAAAAGGUACACUAACAAUUUUGUAUUUG